AUGGCGAUCAAGGAAUUGUGCAAACCUCGUUCGUCAUCCAUAUCCCCCUCUCCCAUCGUCCACCUCUUUCAGACCAGCAACCUGCUCAGCGCUCGUCUCAGGCCCAAAUUCGCACUCAUGGGUCUGGUCGACUACUCCGAGUCAGACUCUUCAGGCAGUGAAUCUGAGGCGCCCAAAGAGGCACAGAAGGCGGCCCUAUCCGAUUCCAAGAAAUCAUUCAGAAAAGUCGUCGACCGAUCCAACCCGGGCAAAAUCGUCGUCAACCUUCCGCAGCCCGCGGCGGCGACGAGCGACAGAAAUGCCCAUGCCGAGGAGCCACCGGCCAAGCGAGCGCGUACCGCCGGCAGUGGUUUAUUCUCCGGGUUCAAUUCGUUCCUUCCAGCGCCCAAGAAUGCCACGAAACCCGACCAAGCUAAACCAGCUGUGAGCCUCAAAACCAGCACAGAACUAGGCUUCAGCCGUGAUGGAUCGGAAGGCGGUGGAGCUAGACGUGGUGACGUGUCGCCAUCCGGACUCGAGUCCACGAACCCGCCGCCCCCAAAGCGACAGACAGAACCGUCGAUUCCAGAGGGGCAGAAGAAAGCCGACGAGGUCAAGCUGGUCGGCAAGCCCUUGAUGUUCAAGCCGCUGUCUGUGACCAGGAAUUCGAGCAAGAAAAAGACUUUUGCGUCUGGGGGGGGCAAAUCGAAUGCAACCGCUGCGGUGCCAGCAAAUCUAUCAGCGAAGACUUCAUCAAACGCAACAACUGAAAGCCAGCCCACUACUUCCCUUGUUCAACCGCCGAAAAGGGUGUCACUCUUCUCCAUGCACACCGAAGCGCCCGCCGAAUCGGAUAAAUCCAAGCCGGGCGGCGCCUACGAACCCUUGUUCGCCUCGGACGCUCUCUUGGACCAAACGCAUGCUGAACAGCCGGCCCCAUAUGCCACCGAGCCGCAUCAUGCUUCUCUGCCGACCACGGCGCCCCCAUCUGAAUCUCUUGACAGCAUCGCUCGCGAUCUGAACCUGUCGUCGGCGGCCCGUCGUGAGCUCUUUGGCCGCAACCGUGGUGGAGUCGACCAGGAGGCCAAGACGGUCAUCAACUUCAACAUGGACCAGGAAUAUCAACAUAAUGAGGAGGUUCGCGCCGCUGGCGAUCAGCAGAUUCAUAGACCCGUUCGGGCUCUACACGCCGGCAAGCAUAGCCUGCGUCAACUCGUCCAAAAUGUACACAGCCAGCGUGAGGCGCUCGAGGAUAGCUUUGCCGCCGGCCGGGCCAACCGCAAGGAGGCUUCCAACAAGUACGGUUGGGGUUGA